GACUUAUUACAGCUGAAUGUGAGCGAGUGUAAUUGACGUUACAACGAUAAAAACAAAAACAUCGUUAGAUUUGCUUAUUGAUCCGUGACAAUAAACGAAAAUUAUAAUGAGUGCUUUCAAACGCCCGCACAUGACACAUCAACUGACAGUACAUACACAACCAUCAGUCAAGCAGCAGAAAUGACAGCAAUGCACCCACCCAUAUAGCGAACGGAGAACAUUCAGCCAGUAGUGUGUAGACAGACGACAGGAAAGCAUAAUAGUCGAUUUUUAGUAAUAAAUGGACUAAUUCGGUGAAAUUUUCAUAAUCGCAUUUAGAGACGUACAAAGUGCUACAAUAUUGUGAGAACUUUUGUGUCUGCGGGUGGUAAAAAAAACGAGGUGCUACCGGGAUGGGCCUGAAAGACUGCGAGAUAGAGUUAGACAAUCCAUGGAACACGUAUUACGCCGGUCAGACCGUCAAUGGAAAAGUAACCAUCACGUUUGACUCGCCGAAAAAAGUUCGAGGAAUCGUGAUUAAAUUCACUGGCGAGGCAGAAACCAAGUGGAGCCAAACUGAAACGAAAACCGACCAAGAGGGCAAACAAUAUGAGUCGACCACCAAUCUGACCGGGCAGGAGGAAUACUUCCAAAUCCAGUAUUACUUACUGGGUGGAAAGAACAGCAACGAAAUCGAAUUACCGGCUGGAACUCACAGUUACCCGUUCACGUGUGCCCUUCCCCCAACGCUUCCGUCCUCGUUCGAGGGUGAAUGGGGUUUUGUACGUUACACGAUUAAAGUAACACUAGAUCGACCAUGGAAGUUUGAUCAGGACCUCAAGAUGGCCUUCACCGUCGUAUCGCCAGUGGACCUAAAUCAAAAUCCACGCGUGAAGGACCCAUUCAAAUUGGAACGGGAGAAAACCUUCUGUUGCUUCUGCUGUGCAUCCGGACCACUGAGCGUCAUUGUGCACAUUCCGGUGACUGGGUUCGUCUCCGGACAAACGAUUCCACUUACUAUCGAGUGCGAUAAUGCGAGUAACGUGGGAGUAGAAUCGAUCAAGCUUACUCUGCGUAAGCUGUUAGCAUUUCACGUAAUGAACCCCCGUCGUGAGACAAAAAAGAAAAAGGAAGUAAUCUCGGAAGUAUCCGUCGGACCGGUCGAGGGCGGCAACAGCCAGACAUGGAAUCAGCACAUCCUUAUUCCACCCCUACCACCGUCCAAUCUGGUAAAUUGUGGUAUAAUUGAUGUGGACUACGAUAUCAAAAUGGAAGCCGUCGUAUCUGGACCCCAUGCUAACAUGGACGGAAAUAUUCCGAUUGUGCUGGGAACGGUUCCGUUGGAAUCGUUCCAACCACCACGACCAUACACGGAUAAUCCUCCCGAGACUGAUCCUUCGAUGCUGCCAACUCAACCGGUCAGUCCGGCUAGUCCUCCGAACGGUACUGGCGGUGCUCUCGGAUGGAACAUUGCCAAUGGUGGGGAUAGCUUGUAUCCAAAUAUACCACCUCCAACGUUCGCAGAGGCAUCCUUCAAAGCACCGAACAUCUCCAACAAAAACGACAGCGAGUUUACCCGAUUUGUGGGACCCUCGGAGUAUGCUCCGCGCUACCCGACGUAUGCUUUUACGCCAUCGGCGCCACCGUCUGAUCUGUAGACUGCAUCCUGCUUAACGAUAAAAAAAACAAUCUCGGUGCACAACAUCACACAAUCAGGUGCAAUCGCUUAAAAUAUCCACAACUGAUUUGAUAGUUUUGUUUAGUUUCUUUAUUCCUUUUUACAGUGUUUAUGUUUUCAUUCGUUAACUGAUUGUAUAAUUGAAUUUUAAGCGCAGCUUCAAACAUAAAACUUUCGCUUAUCAUUUUUUAGUCUGUAAGAAUAAUACUUCAAUAAGAAAAGUAAAAACGCACAUCCUUACUGUAGGAACAAAAUUAUUGUGAAAUGUUAUUCAUACGAAGCAAAACGUGGCUUUUAUUAACACCACAUCCUAUAACCAAGCUCUCAGGAGCUAUAGUGCUGUUAAUAAUGGUAAAUUGCACACUACUCACAACUGAAUUAUUACCAGCUAGAAUCAAGAAAGAAAAACUUAUAAUAGUCUCUGCCUUACCAUAUUAAUUGUAAAGCUCAAAACUUGGAUUUGAGCAUCAAUAAUGAACCUAUUUCGUGAUGCAUUUUCACAAAUUUCUAUUUCUUGUUUAAAAACAAAAAAGAUGCCAAACUAUAAACACAAAUAAAUGUAAGAAACCGAAAAAAAACCGUUCUACGACUAGUGCCUAGUAUGCGAAUGCGAGCGUUGGGAAUGCCGGAAGAGUAAUUUUAAUCGAAAGCCAUGCCAGCCAACUAUCUGUGCGAAUGCUAAUUAAUGUCCGUCAA